AUGCUGCCUCUACCAUGCGCCCCAAACUCCAGCUGGAGCAGGUUCCGGCACCAGCUCAGCGCUGCCUUCAACGGCGUCGACCCUCGAGUCUUCACGGCGUUUUGGCUAUUCGGGUUAAUAAAUAAUGUUCUCUACGUCAUUAUUCUCUCUGCGGCACUCGAUCUCGUCGGUCCCAGCGUACCCAAGGGCGUUGUUCUACUCGCAGACGUGGUCCCGUCCUUCUUCACCAAGUUAUGCGCACCAUAUUUCAUCCAUAUCGUUCCUUAUCCUGUCCGUAUACUCAUAUUCGUCGCGCUAUCUACGCUCGGCAUGUUUUUGGUUGCCCUAUCGCCAGCCUACGACGCCACUACUGCCGGUGGUUCAAUAACAACCAAGAUGGUGGGAGUAAUGCUGGCUAGUCUAUCUAGCGGUGGUGGGGAGCUCAGUUUUCUCGGUCUCACCCAUUUCUAUGGGCCAUUUAGUCUGGCUGCAUGGGGUAGUGGAACGGGCGCCGCUGGGCUAGUGGGAGCUGGUGCCUAUGCUUUGGCUACCACAUCCUUUGGCUUCUCGGUCAAGACGACCCUUCUGGCCUCAGCACUUUUACCGGCGGUGAUGGUGAUAAGCUUCUUCGGUAUACUGCCAAGAGGGCCGAUGCUGCAGAUGAGGAAUGGAUACCAAACUAUUCAAGAGGUUGAGAGGGGAGAGCAUACACGGGAAGAUAUGCAGCCAGUAGCCGAUGAGCCUCCACCACAUCCUAAUGAUGGGAGGGAAUGCCUACUUGCGGAUCCUGCUGCUGCUGCUGCUGCUGCUGCUGCUGUGGACGACGACGACUUGAAGCAUGCAUGUCCACAGGAUAAAGGCCUAUCAUGGCAGCUGUUCAAAGCUAACCUAAGCCGUGCUAAGAGUCUAUUCUUUCCCUUCAUGUUUCCGCUUUUACUCGUCUAUAUCGCAGAAUACACCAUUAACCAAGGUGUCGCACCUACCCUCCUGUUCCCACUUAAGGAAAGCCCCUUCAAACACUUCCGCGCUUUUUACCCAACAUACAAUGCCAUCUACCAAGCCGGAGUGUUCAUCUCGCGGUCUUCAACCCCUUUCUUCCGCAUCCACGACUUGUACUUCCCAUCGUUUCUCCAGGUAUUCAAUCUUGGCCUACUGACUCUACACGCACUGUUCAACUUUAUACCAAACGUAUACAUUGUUUUCGUGGUUGUCUUUUGGGAAGGCCUCCUGGGCGGAUUGGUAUAUGUCAAUACCUUCGCGGAGAUCACGGAUCGCGUACCGAAGGAGGAACGAGAAUUUUCUCUAGGAGCAACCACUGUCAGUGACUCGGCAGGUAUUUGCAUUGCAGGUCUUUUGAGCAUGGUUUUUGAAGUUUGGUUAUGUAAUUGGCAGGUUUCCCAUGGGCGAGAUUAUUGCCAGAAGACAUAG